AUGUACCACAGGGUGCGGCGAAAAAUGAAGUUUGAAAUAAGUGCCAUAUUAAUUUUAAGUUACGUAUCGUUGGUGUUCUCAAAAGCGUUUGAUAUCAAGAGAAUCAAUGAUAAUAUUAGCGAAGAUAUAGAAAAUGACAUUAUCGAUUUCGAUGAUGAUUAUUCAGUUAAAUAUGAUAAAAAACACAAGGUACUUCCAUGGGAUUCAAAUGACCAUAAGAAAGACUCUUAUAGAUAUACAGUCGUAAAAGAAAAAGUUUACAAUGGAUUUGAAAAUGAAGACAUCAAGCCGAACACAGCUGAAGAGGUUAGUAGCCCGACUAGUGUUUUUACAGUUACAGAAGCACUUGAAAAAACAACAGAACUGAGUGUAAUUCCACUAGAAUUAAUAAGUACGACAGAAAUUAAUUCAGUUAGUCCAGCCGAAAGUACAACAGAAUUUGAUUUAACAGUUAUUCCUUUACGUUCAAGUGAGAAAGCUCCGGUUGAACUAUUUAUUAAUCAGACAGUAACUAUACCAGUAUCCACCGAAUCUUCUGAAGAUUAUAAUUUAACGACAUUUUUUUACGAAAUGACGACAAAAUCAAAUAAUUAUUUAAACGAAACUACUACAGAAAACAUUAUAAAUGAAACGUCAACAGAAAAAAAUGUUAUAAAUGAAAAUGUAAAAAGUACUAGUACAAAGUUAAAUGCAAAUAAAACUAUAGAAAUAAUUAGUAUGAAUCAUAGCAUUUCUAAUAUUACUGAAUCGGUUACUAUACUCCCUGAUAUUAAUAAAGCCACUGAAAAUAGAACUGAAAACAUCACUGAAAAUUUUCCAUCCACAACUACACCAAGAGAAGAUAUAAACACAACUUCUAGUAAAACGAACGAAACAAUUAACCGAGAGGACUUUGAGAGUACAGAAGUAAUCGCAGAAGUUCCAAUAUUCACGGAGCUAGAUACAGAAGACAUUUCACAGGUACCAGAAGAUUAUUAUGAUUCUAAAGAUGUCGUUUCUACAUCUGCACCUAAAACAGAUGCUUUAUCUGUUAUAUUUGGAUUUGCUGGUAGUGUGGUAGAAAGUGUAGUGGAGAGUGUAGCGGAAAGAGUGGUACCAAAAGGCCUAAUUGAUUUGUUCAGACGAAUGCAAAGGCAAAAUGAAGCCCUGGAAGCAGAAAAGUUGAGGAGUCGAGAAGAGAAUGGAGGAAUAGGUCAAUUCACCCGAGGCGUGAUCAAGACUAUAUCCUCGGGUCUCAGUAAGCCUCUGAGUCAACUAAUGGCCGGUGCCAGGGACAUUGGCUCGUUAGACAGUGACCGUGGCUUUGUCAACAGCUUAGCAUCUGGAGUGACAAGUGUGGCUAACGUCGCCAACUCAAUGGUCGAUUUGUUCAAGGACAGAGUGCAGGCUAUUUAUCCUGGCACGAUCUGGUGUGGGGACGGGCACUCGGCGCAGGCGCGCUCGGGUGACCUGGGGCUGUUCUUCUUCACGGACACCUGCUGCAGGCAGCACGACGCCUGCAAGCUGUACAUCGGGGCUGGAGAUACCAAGUUCGGCCUCACCAACACCGGGCUCUUUACCAGGUCGCACUGCAGCUGCGACGAAAACUUCCGCCAGUGUCUGCGGAAAACCAACUCGCUGGUGUCUGCGCAGAUCGGCCUCACGUACUUCAACGUGUUGGGCCCGCAGUGCUUCCGGCGAGCGCACCCCAUCGUCAAGUGCUUACGGCGCACCAGGAUCACCGGCCUCAAAUGUGAGGAGUACGAGCUGGACUACACCAAGCCGAAAAUGUGGCAGUGGUUCGACAACGAGACCUUCUGA